AAAUCUUGAUACAUAAAAAACACAUUCAUUCUAGUAAAACCCCAGAAAAUAAAACUUACAAUUUGACCCCAGAAAUGGCAACUAGUACAAAUGCUUUUUCCAAUCUUCAUAUCUACAAAAAAGACAGUUGCUUUAAGUGUUUAAGUUCAAGAAAAAACUAUUCAAAUACUAGUAGUUUACAGAUCAAGCAAAAAAAGACCAACUUGAGAAUAUUAUCAAAUAAAAAGCAGCAAAAGAAUAAUAAUGUUAAUAAAGUCUUGAGCUUUGGUAGAUUUCCUCUUGAUAAUGAUGUAAGGGAUAUGCAAAGAAAACUUGGUAUUGGUGGUGGCCCACCAGUUGUUGAAGAAGAUACAAUUAAGGUGGCUGAUGAGAUAAAAGAAGGUAUACAAGUGAAUGAUGCUUCAGAAAAUAAAGGUGCAAUCUAUAAGUUUUUUUAUCCUGAUAAAGAACUUCUACCAGAAGAUAAAGAAAUGAGUCUGUUGGAUCAUCUAGAUGAGUUGCGACAACGGAUUUUUAUAUCAGUUUUGGCUGUUGGAGGUGCCAUCAUGGGAUGCUUUGUAUACUCAAAGGAACUCAUAAUGCUUCUUGAAGCUCCUAUUAGCUCUCAAGGUGUUAGAUUUUUGCAGUUGGCUCCUGGAGAGUUUUUCUUCACAACCCUAAAGGUGUCUGGAUACUGUGGCAUUCUUCUAGGAAGCCCUGUGAUUCUCUAUGAGAUCAUAGCCUUUAUUCUGCCAGGACUAACAAAAUCUGAAAGGAAAUUCCUGGCACCGAUCGUUUUAGGAUCCUCCAUACUUUUUUAUGCCGGGAUUGCCUUUUCAUACUCGGUUCUUACCCCGGCUGCCUUGAACUUCUUUGUGACUUACGCGGAAGGGGUUGUGGAAUCAUUAUGGUCAAUUGAUCAGUACUUUGAUUUUGUACUUGUGCUUAUGUUCAGUACAGGAUUGUCUUUCCAGGUUCCGGUGAUACAGCUGCUGCUAGGACAAGUUGGUUUGGUGUCGGGUGAUCAAAUGUUGUCGAUAUGGAGAUAUGUGGUUGUUGGUGCUGUCAUUGCUGCUGCUAUUGUCACUCCCUCAACCGAUCCACUUACUCAGAUGCUUCUUGCUGGACCACUUAUGGGUCUCUACUUUGGUGGUGCAUGGACAGUCAAGUUCAUUGGCCGAUAACCAUGGGGAUAAUAACAUGUCAGUUACCAAUCAGCAGGUUAAAAUCGACAAAAGAAAGUAGUUUUGAUUGAAACGUAGAAGAUAUUGGUUAUUAGUAGAAGAUAAUUUGAUCUUCAGCUUCAGAAUAUUGUAUUCUAUAAUACUGAAUUUAGACACACAACUUUUAAGUUUUAAAUAGAGGGGCGACAAAGAUUUUCUUUAA